AUGAUCAAACAUGAUGAACCAUCAACACCUGGCGUUGUCUCUGUUGAAGUCGAAAGGAAUGCAAGUACGGAAGUCGAACUAGAGGAGCAUGGCGUAUCAUUGUUUAUUCCUCCGGGGGCUGUGGAUCAGAAUGACCCGUGCAAGAUCACCCUGACCCUGUUAAGAGACCCUCCCAGUGUUGACAUCCGAGAUGAUGAAUCAGUGGCCUGCUACGGGAUCAGAUGUGAUCCUCCAAGCAUGAUUUUCCGCCAACCUGUUAAGAUAAAGAUACCACACUCUACAUUGGCCAUCAACCCUGAUCAAGUGAAACCAGACAUCGUUUCUCAUGUAUGGGAUUCAGUAAACAAUCUACCAAGAACAUCAAGAAUGAGAUCAUCCAGCUCACCAGACGAACCACCAUACUGCAGAUUGUACAAGAGACAUCUUGAGCUGUACAUUGGUCAAUGUGCUGAGUGGUGGGUUCUUAUUCCUCUUGAACAGCAGGUGAUCCGACACCAACUUAUGUGCACUCCAUACAUCCCAGAAACCGUAGAAAGAGGCAAAGAGAUUGAAGUUCAUCUCCAUAUGCAUGCCGAUGUUCCUGGCAUUGAUGCGGAUGUUCUACACGAGGAGAAGCAUCAGUCGUACCGCAAGGCCCAUCCUUCGGUCCCAUUUAGCAUCAUAUCUCAUUCAGGAGACGUUACAGUGGCACCCGUUUGUGAGGGGAAGAAGGCAGAGACUAAGGUACGAAAAGAAGUUUGUCCUUAAAGAGGUAGUCCACCCUGAUAUAAAGUUGGAUUUAAUGAAAGCAGAACAAU